AUGUUUGAAGAAGACAUGCUAGCGGUCCGACAUCAUGAGCUGUUAAAACCAGACAAGUUUGAUGGCACUGGGUGUCUCAAAACUUUUCUUAAGAAGUUCGAGAUAUGUGCUAUGUAUAACCAAUGGAGUAUGGACGACAGAAUUAUCACAAACGGUAAAAAAGUUAAUGUCGUUAGCUCACCCGGGCAAACAGUCAAAGUUGGCGGUAAAUUUAACAAGAAAUUUUUUUUUUUUGCUCUUAAUGACGCUGAUUUAAAACUGAAAGUUAGGAACAUGCAGGAUACAACAGAAAACAGGGUGAAGGCAGUGAAGCGGCAAAUAAACGCGCUUCGUCAGUCGGUUGACGUCCUUCAAGAUCAUUAG